AUGUCUAACGGCACUGUCAGAUCGUCCUUUGACGGAGUCAAAAUCGACGGAGACGGCAACUUUGUCUGCAAGUGUGGCUUCCCGACGAGAGACUACCGCGUGAAGAAGAAGGCGAGUCCCUACUACGGGCAGCAAUACUACGCCUGCGCAAAACACAGCCGCGAUCCGAAGCAAUGCGAUGUCUGGAUCUGGUUUGACGAGAAGGACCGCGUGAGCCAGUUAAUACCUCCUGAGAUGCGAUCGCUCCGAACCCCGCGCAAACAGAAAGAUAUUCGUGAUUUCGGACUAUACACACCACCGUCUACGAAGAGGAAGGCAGAGAGCAAGGCAGAUACACAGUCGUUUGAUAGCGGUGUUGGGGACUUGGAGGGGACUGGAGAGCCAGCGUCGCCGUCGUCAUUACGACCUGCGAAGAGAGCACGGAGUGCCGAUGCGGCGACUCAGACAGGAGACGGUGCUGCGCGACCCCCUGUCAGACCUACACCCAGACGGCGGUUGUUCGAUGAAUUCUUAGACUCUCCGAGGAGGAACAAUACUGGUAACACGGCCUCAUCCGUACCAGGUGAGGCUUUGCGCAGAGGCAGCUUAUUCGGCUCAUCAAUACGCAAAUACUCUCGUGACCAGCCCCACACAGAGAAAUUAGCUUCACCCACAAUAGCAGUUGACGCCAGUUCAACGCCGUCACGAAGUCCCGGAUCCCGUCUAAGUUCGCGAGAGCGGAGAGUCCAUUUUACACCACCGUCAUCCAACAAUCGUGAUUCGGAUACUGGCCUCGCUCCGCUCAAUGUCGAUAGUGACGCCGAAUCGUACGGAUGGAAUGAUGAGAUGGCCGGGGACAUCGUUGAUCUCGCGAAGAACGUGGAGAAUCCACGAUCCAGCCCUUUGUUCGUCUGA